AGGUUGAGAUAUCCAUGUCUUGGUUCCUAUUUAUAUCAAUGGAGAUCUUGAAAUGUCAUAGGUUUCCAAAAUUUUGUCAUCGUUUAUUUGGAAUAAAAUGGAUUUUGGUGCACCUCUGCACCAAUCACGCAUCCUGGCUUUGCGCCUGGCAACCAUUCACAGGGACCCCUGGCCCACCUCCUUGCGAGCUCCGGAGGAUAUUCCAAGUGGAAACAUGAGCUCAAUCCGUCCCCUCUUCUAGAUGGAAGCUCUUAAAGCAGAUCCCCUCCCUCUCUCUCUCUCCCCCAUCUUCUCCUCUGCACCCACCAAAGAAAAAUCAUUUUAACUUUUUUCCAACCCGUCAGAGAUCUGUGGGCUGCGCUCUUAGAAGAGAAAAGUAAGCAUCAAAGAAGGCAAACGCCUCUUUCUCUCUCUCUCCCCUCUUCCCCCUUUUUCCAGCCCCUAUAUUCUCUGAUCCACUCCCUUGUAAGCUUGGGCACUUGCUAAAAACUCUUUCCUAGCAUCAUUACCCAUCUCCCUUCAUGGGUUCAAACUCUUGAUCCCUCUGACCACCAAAUAUAUAUCCAUCUUCUUAAUUUUCUCCAUCUUUCUCUCUUUCCUCACCUUUUUCUUUCCCUUAAUUCCUCAUCAUCCAUGGAUUCUAGCAACAGUGGAAGCAUCCAAUCCUCGAGCAGCGGCGGCGACGAUGACUACGACUCCCGGACGGAGGCCAUCUCCUCCUUCUUAAACCUCCCACCACCAGCAGCACCACCACCUCUUUCCCCUUCUCACCACCUCCACCAGCACCCUUCUCCUUCCUCCUUUAUCUCUCUAUCACCCUACCUCAACACCUUCCCUUCCACUCCGUCCGACCCCUACCCUCUCAGCCUCGACAUGGCAUGGGCUAAAUCUCUUCCUUCAUCAUCGCUAUCGGAACCGGGUUGCACCAUCCUUGGUGGCUUGACCACCGCUACCUCAUCAUCAUCGACAACAACAACAACAUCAUCAUCAUCGAAAACCAUGGCAGUCGGUGCACCCAGUCACUGUCUACAUUCAGGCAACACUAGCCUCAACCCCUCAUCGGUGCAACUACAGACCCAGCCUGCUCAACCGGCCGCCGCUCCCCGAGGCUCCAAGAAGCGGUCACGGGCGUCACGGCGGGCACCGACCACCGUCCUCACAACCGACACAUCCAACUUCCGUGCCAUGGUGCAGGAGUUCACCGGAUUCCCUGCAGCACCCUUCAUCUCCUCCCCGUUCUCCCGCCCUCGCCUCGACCUCUUCCCUGCAGCCGCCGCCGCCGCCGCCCCACCUUACCUACUAAGGCCCUUUCCUCAAAAGGUUCAAGCUCCCCUCUUUGCUCCCCUCUCUUCUUCUCCCUCCUCCUCCCCCUCCUCCAGUGUUGCUGCUUCUAUUGCAAGAAGUAGUACUGCCAAUGCAAACACUGGUGCUCCAUCUGCAACUUGUUCUAACUCAAGUUCAAGCAGUACUACUUCAUCUAGUAACUAUCAAUGGCCUUCUAUUGGUCUCCGACACCCAAAUCUACUAAAUACGCAAAGCCCAAACUUCACCUUCCAAUCCCCCUCCAACCUCCACCUACUCCCGAUCACAACUCAUCCACCAUGCCCGCCUUUGGAGGCGCUUCAGACUUCGCCGCCGGGGGUCUAGGGAGCCUCCUCGCCAUGGAGGGAACGAAACUGAGCAGCCGAGAUGACGGAUUCUCGGGCUGGGCUGGUGGCUCAGCAUCGGAGGGCAGGGAUCGAUCCCAGCUAAGGUCGGUCAUCGGAAAUUACGGCGGUUUGCAGCUGGUUAGCAGCCAUGCAGAGAAGGAGUCUGGGAGCAUGACAGCGGCUAGGGGUGAAGGUAGAGUGGAUUCAUGGAUUCUUUCUUCAGAUUAGAAGAUCCGUAUUGUAGGCAAAGUGGAAGGGAUGGAAGGAAAAGGGGGUUUCUGUGGAGAAGUAGAUCAUUGCUUCCGUUACGCUAUCACCAGUAUAGCUGCUGUACGCAUCACGCUCUCUUUCUAUUAGUACGUGUAUAUGAUUUAUCCUGUGCUUUUCUUUUUAAUCACUAUGCAUCUAAAAGCGUACAGGCUUUUAAAAGUUUUUAUCUGGGUUUCUCAUGUCUUUAUCAAACUAAGCUCGGCCAAAUCCUUGCUUGGAUUCUUACAAAAUCUGACCUCCUAAGGCAUUGGCCACAGAGCCACGAGCAGACAACGAAGGGACUUCACUUGUGUACCGUAUCCAACAAAAGUUUGGUGCUGCAAUGGUAGAGACUAUGGGAUGCUGGGGAGUUUAUUACCAUGUGUUUCCUUUUGUAUCAGUGCUUAUGUUUCAAGAUAGUAGUAGUAUCUCUAUUUCUGCUUUUGACUUGUGUGGUCAGGAGUGAUUGGCGGAGAGAUAUGGGGUCGGUUAAUUAGCCACCAAAGUAAUAAAUGAUAACAGCAGAAGCUCCUGAUGUGCUCUUACUUUGAAGCUUUUUUUAAGGUUGCUAAUUGAAGCACGUACGAGAUUUUCCCUGAUCCAUUUAUGGCAUGCCAAAUAUAACUCUGGAGCUUUGCCUAUA